UGUAUACCAGGUGGCGUGGAGAAUCAGAGUGUCAGAGCAAAACAUCUCCCCACACAUCCUGGGGACGAGGACAGUUGGACAGCUUCCAUCACCUCAGUUCCCCUUCCUUUUUUAACUGUUAAACUGAAGACAGGAUAUUGGUCUGGGGGCGAAAGGGACGCUAUGAUCACAGGAUUCCUGUCCCUGCUUUGCCUUGGGCUCUGUCUGGGCUAUGAAGUUGAGCUCGAGAAUGAGAAGCUUUCCAAACCCUCCCUCAACGCCUUGCCAGGACCCGUGGUUAAACGCAGUAGGAAUGUGACCCUGAGGUGCCAGGGUCACUUUCAGAAUGUGACGUUCAUGCUGGGGAAGUUACAGGACCCUGGGUACAGGCAGGAGCAGAACUCAUCAGGCUACCAUGCCGAAUUCCUCCUCACGGACCUGGAGCCAAAAAAUGCUGGGACAUACUUUUGUGCCUACAAGACAGUGGGCUCCCACGGAUGGUCGCAGAAGAGUGAAUACCUGCAGCUGGAGGUCACAGAUGACCGUGUUGAACUUGGAGCUUCCUCAACAAAAACAGACACCAGGAUCAUCUUCGUCACGGCCUUCAGCUGCCUCGCCAUUUUUCUCCUCUUCCCCUCUGUCCUCCUGAUCUACAGAUGCAGUCAGCAGGAUUCAUCACCUGAAGAAUCCACCAAGAGAACGUGCCACCCCAAAUCUCCCAAGCACGAGGCUUCAGAUUCAUCCAAACCGGAGAGGGUAUCGCUCUCGUCCUCGACUGAAGACCCCCAGGAAGGGACCUGGGCUGAUGGCAACAGCAAGGAACCGGCUGAGGCAGCUCCUGUCCCCACCGAGGAGCCCCCAGGAUAUUGUGAAUGCGCUACGUUGAAAGCGUAGGAGGCUGGCCCGAGCCACGGGAGGAAGGACUGUUUCCUUGGGGAAGACCGUUUGGAUUCGGGCGGCUGAGACCACUGGACGUACAGAAAUCCAUGUCCCUCUGUGUCCUCGGUCCUAAUCCAUGUCUAAAAACGAAGUCUAGGGGGGAAAUACAGACAUACCUAUAUAUGGAAUCAUACUGCAUAUUACAGUUCUGUGACCCUUUGUAUCGCUCUCAGCGUUAUGCUUUUGAAAUUUGUCCAAAUUUGGAUUAAUUUAAAAAAUUAAUUUUUUUCGUCUUGCUUCCUCUGAAAAAUUACUGGCCCUGGCUGGGUGGCUCGGUUGGCUGGAGCGGCAUCCGGUACGCCAAAAGGUUGCAGGUUGGAUCCCCGAUUGGAGCACGUUCCGGAGGCUACUGAUGGAUGUUUCUCUGUCAUACUGAUGUUUCUCUCUCUCCCCCUUCCUCUCUCUCUAGAAAUCAAUAAUGAAACAUCUUUUUGGGUGAGGAUAAAAAAAAAAUUUCCUGGAUGAGUUUUCCUAAAAUCUGCAGGUGGUUUUAGUAUGGUUUUACUUAAAACAUAAAGUAGCCCUGGCCGGUUUGGCUCAGCGGUUGGAGCGUCGGCCUGCGGACCAG